CGGUCAGAAUGGAGCGGUUUGGACCUCAGACGCCUGUAGUGGGUUUUUUGUCAGACGCCGAUGUCGGAUUUUAAUCGAUAGAAAAUGAGACUGUGCGGGUGUUAGUGAGUCAGUGAGAGAACGGGAUCGUUGUGCUGAAUUCUAGCUUCGUCAGGAGGUGACAUUUAGUGUUAAAAGCCGUGUGAGAUUUAUAAAGGAAAAGAGAAAAGAAAAUGACGACGACCACCACGUUUAAAGGCAUGGACCCGGAUGCUAAGAGCAGCUCCAGGGUUCUCCGUCCACCGGGUGGAGGCUCCAACAUCAGCUUUGGCACUGAAGAGGAGAAACCUGCAGCUCGCAAAAACAAAAUGGCUUCCAGCAUCUUUGCAGAACCCGAGGAUCCACAUGCUCAUCGAAGGAACAACCCACCAGGUGGGAAGCCCACAGGUGUGUUGUGUGGAGAACCUUCAGCACCACUAAGGAGGUGUGUCCAACAACCUGUCAAUCAAACUGGUGAUGCAGACAAUGAACCUUCAUCAGUGGUGAAUGGAGACAAUGGAAAAAAUGAUGAAUUGGCAGUGGAAGUAGCAGAGGAAGUGGAGGCGACUCAUGUGGAAAAAUCUGCAGCUAGUGUCUCUUCAGAGACUCCGUCAGGACGCCGAAACCCUCCUGGUGGCAAAUCCUCUCUGAUCCUGGGCUGAGACACACACACACACACACCUUCUCACUCUCUUCCUGCUACACCACAUCAUAUCCAGAGCCACGUUUACAAGCAUUCAGUCUGCAGUAGACAAACUGUGUGUGUGUGUGUGUGUGUGUGUGUGUGUGUGUUCCCCUCUUGUAAUGUCAGACUGUUUCACUUCCUGUCUCGUUGUCCUUCCACAGUGUGUGUUUUGGUUCUGCACAUGACUUUUGUCUCACUUGCGUUUAAUUUGGACAAUUUUAUUUGUUCAGAACCUUGUAAAGCUGCAGGCUCCUGUCUCGUCUCUCAUUCCUGGGUUUAUACGGAUUUAUUAAUGUUUGUGCAUUUCUACGUAUAAUAAAAUAUUGCUAUGAAACUAA